GGGGCUCUUGUCUCCCCCGACCGCUCUGCUGCUUUCGAUGCAGCUGAUUCCAGGUUCCUUGGAACUUGGCCCUUGGCUUUUGCGACUCCGCCCUCAGCUUGCUCCGUCCUACGUCUUGGGGGGGGGCUUUCCUCCCCCCCCUACAUGGCCUCAGGAGACAGAGGCCGCCCCACUACUGCCCUGCACCCUAAGGGAGCGAGCCCUGCGCCCCGUUACCCCCACCCCCUAGUAGAGGACCGAGCCCCGCCCCCUUACUCCCACACUCCAUUGGGGGACAGAGCCCCGCCCCGUUACACUCCCCCUGACCAGGAGCAGGACCGAGACCGAACCCCGGCCCCGCCUCGCUCCGUUAGCCCCGGUUCCGAGCCGGGCCUGCCCAGGCGAGGUGGGGUCAGCGCGGCCUGCACCAUGGCAGGGAGCUGCGCCGGGCCGGGCCGCUUAUGGAGACUCUGCAACCUGCUCAUGGCCGCCUUCUUCGGGCUGGCGGCCGCCGUGCAGAUAAAUGACCCUGAUGCAGGACUGUGGAUAGUGGUCUACGUUGUACCUGCUGUCCUUACACUGCUUGUUGGCCUUAAUCCGUCAAUUACAGAUAAUGUUGUCUGGAGGAGCCUGUCGGAUCUGCAUUCUGCUGCUUGUUUAGUUGGGACCAUUGCCUUGGGGUGCUCUUUGUUCGCUUAUGCAAAAAGUAACAUCUUGCAUGAAGAGGAAGGAAGGGAGUUGUUUGGUCUGGUGAUUAUUACAAUAUGGAUGAAUCUUUGUCGCAAUUCAGCAAAAAAUCCUCUGGGUGGAAUUCGUCUGAUGGUUGCAAUUUCUCUCUCUCUCUUCCCCUUUGUAACAUGGCUUUACAUUUACAUGAACUCAGAGAUGCGAUCAUCCUGGCCAACUCACUGCAAAACUGUCCUUUAACCAGAAAGGAACAAACACACACAAAUAUUCUAACAGCCAUUUGCCUUCAGCUUUCGGUUUUCAGUUGAAAACUGGUAUCGGACCAACAGGAACUGCAGCUAUGGACCAAGAGCACUUUGCUGCCUCAAACAGCGCAGUUUGAGAUUUGUUAUUAUUAUCCAGCCAUCUCUUCUUUCCAUGGACCAGCCUGUGGAUUUCAAACUGUGUCCUUCAUGUAGUGAUGACACCACAGCUCCUGUAUCACUGUCUCCUCCAGUACCACAAUGAACAGGAGCAGGGGCAGAUCAGAUCAUGGUAAAUAUGUGCCCUUAGUGUGGAUGAGCAAUUGUACAGCAGCAUCUGCUAGGAACUCUGAGAAAGGACAGAAGCAUUCAAAUGAGAUCCUCUCCUCUUCCCUCAGGGCCUUAAAGUAAGCAGCCAUAUUUUUAUGGGCAGUGAUAUCAGUGGCUGCUGGGAGAUCUGAAACAGCUAGCAGGGAUAGCUGUUCUGUCUGUUUAGUCAAUGAGAAUAGCUCAGACUCCAUCAUACCCAGGCUGAAAGUGGACAUGGAAUUCAGAAGGUUUUUGGAUAACUGCAGCGUUGCUUCUCAGCUGAAUCACACAUUUAGAAAUCUUCUCUAAAAAGUAUUAAAGGUGGCAAGUGUGGCUGUUGUGGUUUUUAUUACUGACUCAUGGGCCAAGUAAAACGUGGGACUACGGGAAGGAUUGACAGGGGCCAGGGGCUAAGACACCAGCCUAGGAGUCAGAGGCCUGCAGUUUAUUCCCUACUCCGCCACUGUCCUCCUGUGUAACCUUAUUUCCCUUCCUACCCUUUGUCUGCUUUGUCUGUUAUGGAGGCACCAAUUGCAGUUUCAUAGUUAAGAUUAAGCUUGGUUUUGUUCUAAAAGCGGGGAUUACCCUCUGUAUGAUAAAUAUCGUAUGUCCUCUCCAAGUUUAAUCAUUUGCUAUUUGAAUAUUGAAUGAAUUUUCUAAGCAUUUAUGAGUAAUUAUGCUAGAAUUAAAAUUAAAUGGGUAUUUUUAGAAAUUUA